AUGCCACAUUACAUUUUCAACCUCCUGUUGCUUUGCUUGACUACGAACGCCAUCCGAAUUCCUAUCGUCUUCCAGAAGGCAGCCUCUAAAGAGCUAAGGGCUAGAAGCGAGCGAGGCGUCGUCGUCCGGAACGACGGCCUUCCCCCGAUCGUAGCCGCUGGCGGGGAGACGUACAGCAUCAAUCCAUCCGGAAGUCCAACCACGCAGAACAAGAUGGGGACAUAUCUAUACGGCUGGGAAGGAUGCCAACCUGGCCAAAAGGACAAGAUCAAGAAGGCUUAUUACGAUGCCUGGACAAUGUCGAGCCUUGACGGUGUGAAAGCUAACAUUGAUUGGAACGAAGCUGCGGCUCUGGAGUUCCUCGGACCUCCUGGCCUGAAUAAACCACAGCAGGCUCAGAUUCAAGCGGUACUUGCCAAUAUGGCAACGGUCAUCUACUCCUACAUCAACCCUUUCACACACCCCUUACACGUGCGGUGUGACGAUCCAGGAAAGCUAUGUCAGAACCGCUCUAAAGAUGACCGUUGUCAACCAAAGUCUUCCAAACCGGUCGACAAACCCGAGAGACUGCCCAAUGCCUACUCCAAGAAUACGGGCUACAGCGAUGACUACCCCACGAUAAACUUCUGUGAGGGCUUCAUGAAACUGCGAAGUCUCGAAGAUGGUUACAGUUAUGGCAGUGCAUUGACUGCACCUGCUAGAUACGAUAUCGACCAGUACAACAACCGAGCUACGACCUUCUUCCACGAGUUGACACAUCUAAGCCUCGCAGCAGACUCCAAAAAUGGUCGACCAAAUCCCGAUAUCGACGACUUGAUUAUAUCUAUCAAGGUUGGCUUGACUCGCACCAGCGUCUAUCCUGCGUACGGCGGCAUCGCCACUAAAUUGGUGGCUCGUACCACACCCGACCCAGGCUACUAUGUGCAACGAAACGCAGACAACUUUGCAUUCUUCGCACUGGCGAAAUAUGUCAUGUCUAGGAACGGCAACAUAUAUCCGCACAUGCCAGUAAUUCACUACGAGCUCAGUGGGCCACCCUGGAAAGCCAAGAAGCCUGGAAAUAAUCGCGUGGUUGUCUUUGGCAACGAUGGACAAGGCUUGUAUCUGAACGCAAAUGCCACAGAUCUAAGCACACUUGACUCUGAGCUGCCUAAUCUCGGGGACUACCCUACCUGCGGGGAUCGUGCAGACCAGCUUAGCGGGACAGCUAUCGCUAUCAACGACCUUGUGCCUAUCACGGCAUACCCGCCUGACUAUGUAACCCAGCAGAAAACAUGGCUGCAAGAACUAGGGGGUCCCGAAACGCCACCAAGCACCGAUGCGCCACCGAAUACCAAUGCCUGCCAUGGCAUCAGCGGCGAUUAUUGGGUCAUGUCUCGAGACACUGCGGUUGACAAUGCCAAGGACUUCUGCUCUCAGACCGACAGGACGAAGAGAUAUAAUGCCGGAUCUGUCAAUGAACUCGAGCUCUCAGUCAAGAAGCUCGACGACGAUUCCAAAGGUCCCAAAGAUGCCCCAGAUUGCCUCGGACAGUUCCAGAAUGCGGUCAUCGACGGCUGUGACGGAGCGGAUACAGUCAACAAUCCUCACAACUACAAAUUUGGUUCGACGCUGAUGGCUGACGGCUGGGAGUUCAAGAUGACACCUUUAAGUAAACAAGUCAACGAGGUGAACUGCGAUGUGUCAUACAAGUUCUGGUAUAACCAGGUCGAAAUCCGUGGCAAAAACCUUCCCGAUGCAAAGCUGGGUGCCAAUGGCGAGGGUCUUCGUAAGGAGAUCGAUGGCUGUGGUGCUCUGACGAAGUGGAACUUUGAACGGACACCAGAUGACUGUUGCUUCCAAUGGUAUGCCAUGGCUCACUUGAAUAUCGGGACAAAAAAUUGCGUCGGACGCGCAAUCGAAUCCGCUGGCGGCUCUGGAAAGGGCAACUGUCAUGGUCCUGGCAAACGUCAGGUGAAUGGAACUGAUGCCAUUGACAACUGGCCAGGGUAUGGCGAUGCCAGUAAGCAUGUUUUCAAGACCAAGGCGCAAGUCUUGGAGCCGCCUACUGGAGGAAGUUGGUAAAGAAACC